AUGUUGUUCAAAGCAAACAAAUUUUCGAAUGUCGACGAGGUUUUCUACACCUCCAGUGGUAUGGACUGGGCAAGUGGACUCUUGUCGAUUUUACAAAACUCCUACAGUGGUGCCACACGAAUUGUUAGCCGCAAACCAUUCAAUGCCAUCGAAUUUAUUGAAAUGACGAAAAAAUAUAAAAUAUCCUCAGCUAUCUUAGCUCCGGUUCAAUUGGUUGAACUUCUUGACUGUCCAACAUUUACCGACGAAAAUAUGGCCAGUUUUAAAUUUCUGAAUUGUGGUGGAGGCUAUGUGUCGAAGCAACUUGUGGGCAAGUUGCAAAAGGUUAUGCCCCAAUGUACAAUAUGUGUUGUGUCUGCCCUUACGGAGACGGGUGGCAUCGCCAUUAAUAUUGGUUGUCGGCACAACGAUUCUGUGGGGCAACUGUUCCCCAAUAUCCAAUUGGGGCCCAGUGAAACUGGUGAAAUUUUGGUACACUUACCAUACUCUUGGGCAGGUUAUUAUGGUAACCCCCAGGAGACACUUAGCAUGUUUGACUCACAGGGGUGUAAUCUCUAUAUUGAGGGUGGUAAUCUCUAUAUUGUCGAUCGUAAAAAGGAUAUUUUGAAAUACAAAGGAUUCCACUAUUGGCCCGAUGAGAUAGAGAGCACCAUACGAGAAUUAACCGAUGUGGUGGAUUCUUGUGUGGUGGGUAUUUUCAAUGAACGGUAUGGUGAUGUUGCCGGCGCAUUGGUCUUAAAGAAGAGUGGAAGUGAACUGUCAGUUCAGCAAAUUGUGGAGCAUGUAAGAAAUCGGUUGGAUGAACCACAAAAACAGCUGCACAAUGGAGUAUAUUUUGUGGAGAAAUUGCCACAAAAUGUGAAUGGGAAAAUUCUGAAGCGGGAGGCAAAGGAAUUGUUAAAAUCAUUUGUGGAAAAAAUGUCGUCGCGAUUGGAUCGUUAACUUGUUAUU